AUGGCAACAAUAAUUGAAUCAAAUGCAUGUUCAAUCUGUACAAAGUCUUCAGCUAAAUUCUUAUGCAUUGGAUGUAGUGCAUACUUCUGUUCGACACAUUUCAAAGAACAUCAGCAACAACUCUCAACUAAAUUCGACAAUGAAAUCGUAAAAUCGCAUGAUGCACUAUUUGAACAAAUCCAAAAAUUAGAAAAUUCGAAUCAAGUACCAUCAGAUCUUUUUGCUCUAAUUGAACAAUGGAGAAAAGCAACAAUUGAUAAAGUAGAGAAAACAGCAGAAAGAGCUCGUCACGAACUUACCGAACGUUUUGAUAAAAAGCGAAAAGUAAUGGAAAAACAACUUGAGUCAAUUACAAAGGAAAUUCAUAUUCGUCGAAAAGACGAUGAUUUUGUCGAAACUGACAUUCAUCGACUUCGCCAACAAAUUCAUGGCAUUCAACGACUACUACAGCACUAUAUUGGAAAAGAUACCACCAAGACCACGAUCCUUAUUGAUAAUGAUCAAAUCGAUUGGAAUCGACUCAUUUGCAUUCGAGGAGACCAACAAAAUACAACAUUUUUGGACAGUAUAAAUGUAGAUACAAAAUGGUUGCAGAACGGUGUCACUGUAGCUGGAGGAAAUGAAUUUGGCAGUGAGAUGAACCAACUGUAUCAUCCAUGGGGUUUGUGUAUUGAUGAUGAUCAAACUAUCUACAUUGCUGAAUAUUCAAAUCACCGUGUUGUGGAGUGGAAAUGUGGUGCAACGACUGGCCGAGUUGUAGCAGGUGGAAAUGGGCAGGGAAACCAAUCUGAUCAAUUGAACUAUCCAACAGAUGUUAUUAUUGAUGAAGAAACAGAUAGUUUAAUUAUUUCUGAUUAUAACAAUAAGAGAGUAGUUCGAUGGUCUCGCCAAAAUGGUAUACACGGCGAAACAAUUAUCUCAAAUAUUGGAUGUAUAGGUUUGACAAUGGAUGAUGAUGGAUUCCUUUAUGUUGUUGAUCAUGAUGCACAUGAAGUCAAACGGUAUCGAGUGGGAGAAAAUCAUGGAACUGUUGUUGCAGGUGGAAAUGGGCCAGGAGAUCGUCUCGAUCAGCUGUAUUAUCCGAGAUAUGUGACCGUCGAUCAAGAACAUUCCGUAUACAUAUCAGAGUAUGACAAUCAUCGUGUGGUGAAAUGGACAAAAGGUGCAAAGCAAGGAAUUAUUGUGGCUGGUGGUCAUGGUCAAGGAUAUAGUUUUACGCAAUUAUCAAAUCCUUAUGGAGUCGUCGUGGACCAGGCAGGUAAUGUCUACGUCGCUGACUAUGCGAACAAUCGAAUAAUGCGUUGGAGUUCCGGAGCUACACAGGGAAAAGUUAUCGCUGGUGGAAAUGGCCAUGGAAAUCAAUUAAAUCAACUCCAUAGUCCCAUCAGUUUUUCGUUUGAUCGACAGGGUAAUAUGUAUGUGAGUGAUAGUGGAAAUCAUCGUAUACAGAAGUUUAAUAUUGAUCAGCAUUAA